AUGUGGAGCGAAAUGACAGAGCUGGUGUCCUCCAACAACAACUACUCCUGCUACCGGAAGGCCUUCAGUGAGUGCCAGGGCUUUAAGACCCCCAUCCUGGGGGUGCACCUGAAGGACCUGAUCGCAGUGCAUGUGGUCUUCCCUGACUGGGGGCAUGACAGCAAUGAGGUGAACCUGGUGAAGAUGCAUCAGCUCUACAUGACCUUCAACGAGUUGGUGUCCUUGCAGACUGCGGUGGCCCAAGUGGAGCCCAACAUGGACCUGAUCUACCUGCUGACGCUUUCUUUAGACCUUUAUUACACCGAAGAUGAGAUUUAUGAGUUGUCAUUACUAAGGGAACCACGUAACCACAAAUCAUUGCCUACCUCUCCAACAACUCCCAACAAGCCCCUGGUCCCUCUGGACUGGGCCUCCGGGGUCCCGACCAAACCGGACCCCUCUGUGGUCAACAAACACAUCAGGAAGGUGGUGGAUUCUGUGUUCAGGAAUUAUGACCAUGACCAUGAUGGCUAUAUCUCUCAAGAGGACUUUGAGAGCAUUGCUGCUAAUUUCCCCUUCCUGGACUCCUUCUGCGUUCUGGACAAAGAUCAAGACGGAUUGAUCAGUAAGGACGAGAUGAUAGCGUAUUUCCUCCGGGCCAACCCACUGCUCCAGUGUAAGAUGGGUCCAGGUUUCAUCCACAACUUCCAGGAGAUGACAUACCUGAAGCCCACCUUCUGUGAACAUUGUGCUGGAUUUCUGUGGGGAAUCAUCAAACAGGGCUACAAGUGCAAAGGUAUUGUUUCAUUGCAUUCGUCU